AUGGCUGCUGCUUUCCACCCUGGCAAGCGACUGUCCUUCAAUGGCGAUCUCUGCACCGUGCGCUAUGUCGGCCAGGUGCAAGGCACCAAGGGCGAAUGGCUGGGUGUCGAAUGGGACGACCCGACGCGUGGGAAGCACGAUGGUUCCCAUGCUGGCGUGAGGUACUUUGAAUGCCAGAGAAAACACCCGACUGCUGGCUCCUUUGUGCGCCCCAAUCGUCCGUCUGAUCCGCCGCUGUCCUACGUCGAAGCCCUGAAGCAGAAAUACGCCUCCGAGCCCGUCGAAGACCCGAGCGUCUCCAACAUUGACAUUAUUGUAAUCGGGAAGGCACCCGAAAAUGUCCCGGUGAACUCAUCGGGCAAGGUCAUCAUGAUUAGCGGCAAGGAGGCUGAAGAGGUCGGCUUCGACAAGAUCCGGAAGAAGCUUGCGAACCUGAAGGAACUUCGCAUCGUGCUACUCGACAACAUGUGCAUGGAGAGGCCGUUCUCCAAGCUUUUGGGAGAAGCUGCCGAGAUCACCGUUGACAAGCUCACGGACGUCAAGGAUGCGUCUCCCAAGAUCCAGGAACUCGACCUCAGCCGGAACCUAUUCGAGGAAUGGAGGGAAGUUGCGUCGAUAUGCAUCCAGCUCGAGAACUUGAAGCGGCUGAGGGUAGAUGGCAACCGACUGAGAGACAUCCAACUCGACGGUUGUUUAUCGUCCGCUUUCGCUAAAGUCUCGACCCUGAGUCUCGAGGAUACCCUGCUUAGCUGGAAAGACGUGGCUAGCAUAUGCUCCGCAUUCCCUAGCUUGACUUCGUUAACCCUCACCAACAACGCCUUCGACAAGCUUGGACAGGCGUCUCUGCCAUCAACUAUAACUGAGCUCAUCCUGGAGAAGAAUUACUUCACUUCAUUGGAUGAUCUUCGGUGUUUGACAAAGCUGCCGAAUCUUCGAUCCUUCAGAUUGAAGAACAACUUGAUUACCGGGAUUCUCAGCCCCAAUCCAGCGGACGAUGAAGCACUGGUCUUCUCAAGCAGCGUCUCAGAGGUUGAUCUUGCGCAUAACUCCAUCGAUAGUUGGGGUUUCAUCGACGGCCUCUAUUCCGUCUUCCCGGGGCUCACGUCCCUUCGAAUCUCCAACAAUCCUCUUUACCACGGUCUACAUGCCGUUGACGGCAAGCCUUUGACGGCGGAUGAUGGCUACAUGCUGACUAUUGCGCGUCUGGGCGGUCUCAAAAUCAUGAACUUCAGCACGAUAUCUGCAAAGGAGCGUCUCAACGCCGAGACAUACUACCUUUCCCAAAUUGCUGCUGAGCUGGGCAACGCACCUGAGGGCCAGGAAUCCAGGGUUAUUGCUACACACCGACGAUAUUCUGAGCUUUGCGCCGAAUAUGGCGAGCCCACGAUUGUCCGUUUGGACGCCAAUGCGGUAAAACCCAAUUCUCUCGCCGCGCGACUGAUCAAUUUUACCUUCUAUCCCGGAGAAUCAUUGAAGGCGAAGCUCGAAUCCGACGGGAAAGCAGUCGAGGAGUUUAGCGUUGAGCUGCCUCGCAGCUUCACCGUGUACAGCAUGCUUGGAGUAGUCGGCAAACGCCUCGAGUUGCCCCCAUUGGAUCUGCGACUCUUCUGGGAGACGGGAGACUGGGUGCCGGCGGGCGAGGAGGGCGCAGUGGAAGUGGAAGAAUGGGACUCGAGCGACGAGGACGAGGGAAAGGCGGGAGAAGGGACGGUGGUUCGAGAGGUCGAAUGGGUUGCGGGGACGAAAAUGGUGGGGACGUGGGUCGAGGGAAUGGAGGCGCGAGUGCGGGUCGAAGUUUGA